AUUCUCUAUGUAGUCAGUUCGGCCAGCAACAAGAAACAACGAGAUCUUAUACGAAGUACAUGGGGAAGUCCUGUGUUGUUUGCAAAUAAUUUAACAAGAAUCAUCUUUCUCGUCGGUACGCCUUCUGAUGAUGCCAUUAAGAAACAGUUAGAUGAAGAAUUCAACAUCCACAAAGACAUUGUGCAGGGUGAUUUCGAAGAGAAAGAUAAAUCUGACACAAAGAAAUCAGUGCUUGGGUUGAAAUGGAUUAGUGAACACUGCCAAGAAGCCAAAUUUGCCUUAAAAGCAAACGACAAUGCAUUUAUAAAUGUUUUUGGUAUGAUCUCAAUGAUGGAGACUAUAUUUGGAAACAACAGAACUAUACUCUGCCCCCUGUGGGGAGAAAACACGAUGCCCAUUCUGAGGGAUCCCCAAAAAUGUGGGGGUUACUGCGUCAAGGAGGAGGAUUUUCCAGGCCAGAAAUUCUUCCCCCAGUACUGUGCAGGUGUAGGUUAUUGCUUCAGUGCCUCAUUAGCCAAAGAACUUUAUGAAGUUUCACAAAAGACCGAGUCGUUCUGGAUUGAAGAUGUUUACACGACUGGAGUAUUAGUGCCUAAAUUA